AUGCCCAAUACUAACGAAAACUCACAUUCCGGCUCAAAUUCGACGGCGUCGGCGGCGGCGGCGGCGGCAGCAGCGAAUGCCGGUGACGACCUCGGUAGCACGGACGAGGUGAAAGUUUUCAAGGACGAGGGCGAUCGUGAGGAUGAGAAGGCCUCGUCCGAGAACCUGCUCGAGGAGAAGUUCAAUCUGAUCGAUCUGACCGAGAGCGCGGAAAACCUGGUGAAGAAUUCGUCGACGCGCCAGGACCUCAGCCCGUCCUCGUAUGUACCCGUCAGUCGCUCGGAGCAGUCCUCAUCUGGCAGUGGUGCCGGAGCAGGUGGCACGGGAACCGGCAGUGGUGGCACCAGCAGUGCGGGUAAGCUCAACUCACCCGACCACUCGCCGGGCUUCAGCAGCAUGGGUUACUUGCCACCGUACCAGUACUCUAGUGGCACGGCCAGUGCGCUGCAAGCCGCUGGGUCGAUGGGCAAGGGGGCAUUGGGGCUAUCACAGUUUUUCUGCAACGAGGAUCCCCUUUCAAACCCACCUCCCGCACAUUGCGGGAUCCUGCCCUACCAGCUCGAUUCGAAGGCGAUUGGACUAUCGGCGCGGCAGUCGCUGUACUCGUUCUCGACGAGCCAGUACCCUUACCCGUCGAUCCUGUCGUCCAACAUGCUACCGGUUCCACCGUCAUGGCACACUCCCUCCAUGUACUCGACUGCCCCCAGUUUCCGCAAUUCCUAUCCCUCCUCUCUGCAGAUCUAUACCACCCUUGCUAGUGAUUUAUACUCGCGUUACCAGUCCUCGCAGUCGCUGCUUAACUCGGUGCACUCGCACAACGUGCUCAACCAAAGCCUGCAACAGGUGAAGCAGGAGUCAGGCGUGGGACUGGUGGGCGCUGGCAGUGCGGGGGUUGUGGUCGGGCAGGACAUGUCCCACAACUACAGUGUUCGACAGCACGGCCUCAGUCCGGGCAGCAAGGGGGGAAUUGUCGAUCUGCCUCAGGAGCUAACAAAUCGCUUCGGUCGUGCGCAGAGUGUGGGUAGCACAGGCAGCGGUGGCGGUAGUGGCGGCAAUGGCGGUGCAGGCGUCGGUAGCGGGAUUGGCAACGGAGCAAACAGCGGUGGAAGUAGUGGCAGCGGCACAGCUGGGUCAAGCUCCAAAAAAAAGUGCGCUUCCGAACGGGCACAUCACCAACAGCAGCAGCAGCAGCAGGCCCACCAGCAGAACCAGCAGCAGCCGAACCGGCCACAUAUCAAGAAGCCGCUAAACGCGUUCAUGCUCUACAUGAAAGAGAUGCGCGCGAAGGUGGUAGCAGAGUGUACGCUAAAGGAGUCGGCUGCCAUCAAUCAGAUCCUCGGGCGAAAGUGGCACUCACUGUCGCGGGACGAGCAGAGUGUUUAUUACGACAAGGCACGCCAGGAGCGCCAGUUGCACAUGGAGAUGUACCCCGGUUGGACGGCCCGGGACAACUAUGGCUAUGGUUCGAAGAAGAAACGGAAAGCGAAAAAGAAGGACCAACUGGGUAGUGAACCUCCCACCAGAUACAUUAAAAACGAAACGGGUCGCGCCAUACUGCGUGUUAUUUCUGGACCAAAAGCCUUUAAGAUCGUUAUCUUUGCACGAUUGACACCCAUUCCAUUCGGACUGCAAAAUACAAUAUUUGGUAUAAGUUCGGUGAAUACACGAAGCUAUCAUGUUGGCACAGUUAUCGGGUUACUCCCAGCGCAAACAAUUAACGUAUACCUUGGCUCAAAGCUGCGUUCCAUUCACGAAGUGCUAAACGAUCACAACGCAGCACUAGGAUUGGCAGGGUAUGGUGUAUUCGUUGUGGAGGUUAUAGUAGGAGCUGCGUUGAUGGUGUGGGUGAUUCAAAAGGCACGGUUGGAACUUUCUGCAGCGCUGCUAGCAACGACCGAUGCAGAUUCUGAUGAAAAAAUUUUGAUCGAAAUUGAAGCAUGAUAGUAUUCCCUUCGUUUUCAUGCAUGUCUUUCCACACUAGGCUAGUGAAAUCAGUCUAAUAAUUGUAUUAUUUUAGGUGAUAUCAUUAUUUAUUGACCCUCGAUAGAGCCUCGUUAAAUUUUAAGAAUCAAUAUUUAAAAUAGUGAAUUCGAAAAAAAACAUCUUAUAAUAUGAAAAAAGAAAUGUUACCGCAAAAGUGGGUAAUCAUUUCAUGAGAAUAAUUUUAUAAAAUGCAAGACUAGUGUUUUUACAAAAUGAGUCUCAAUCACGCGAAUCUAUAGAAUCGCAAGCUUAUUCCACGUUCUCGUGACUGUCUUGAAAAACCGUCCAAGCACGAAAGGUUUGAUUUUGUAUAUUCUCGAAAUAUGUAUUAAUCUGAAUACAGUAUAAAGUGGUAUCUGAGCAUAAAUAAUGAAAGUUAAUGAGGAGAAGGCUAAAAUCAACAGUUUUAUAUUUUUUGAUGUCGAUCUGCAACACUUUUUCAAAAACAUACCAUUAACUCAAUAAAUUAAAGACCCUAUUGCAUGUUCGAGACAUUAUUGUUAAAUAUGGUUCCAAUGUAUUUAUUUGAAAAUCAUGAAUCUUUUAAAUGUCAUAUA